AUGUACCAAACGCUAUACAUUUGGAGAAUUGUGAGGAGAUGUCACGAGUUAGGGAGCGUUUAGAUAAACGUAUAGCUAAUCAGACGUUUCCUACUUGGUGGAGGAGACGAAGAGAACUAUCCGUUAACUAGAAGAGUUCAAAGUGAUUUAUGGAUUCAUCAGCAUCAUUCGGACUGCGAAAACACGAAACUCAAGUUCCUUGUAGCUGAUUGGGAAACACUUCAUAUUUAUGGAUCCGGAGCCCAGAUCACUGAAAUGACCGGACUGCUUGCAAUUGCUAUAAACGAAAACCGCAUUCUUGUUGCAAACUACUAUAACCGAGCAGAUCAUAAUGGUUGCAAAGGUUCUUCUCGUGGAAGCUGGUCUUGCUAUUUUCUACCGGAAACGUCAGAAGAGUGUCGAAAACGUGCGUUUGCGGUUGUGAGGGAUAAAGAAGCUUGGGAGAGUGGGAUUGUUACGAGUAAACAAAACUACAGCUCAAAGUUGAUAUGGGCUGGACCUAUACCAAAGCUAUGGGGUAAGCCUUGGAGUUAUAUGAAACCUACUACAGAAAUAAACGGAAGUUUAAUCUCCACUCACCGAAAAAUGGAUCGGAGAUGGUGGAGAGCACAGGCUGUGAGAUACUUGAUGAGAUUUCAAACGGAAUACACGUGCAAUUUAAUGAACAUUGCUCGAAACACCGCAUUUGGAAAAGAGGCUGCUGAGAUUGUUUUAUCAGGUAGAGAUUGGAGAAAAAACAAGAAGAGGAAGAUUAGGACAGAGAUUGAGGAACAAGUAUGGUCGAAUCACAAACCGUGGAUUCCAAGGCCAAUACUUAGCGUUCAUGUUCGGAUGGGAGACAAAGCGCGCGAAAUGAGAGUCGCGGCUUUAGAAGAGUAUAUGCGUUUGGCUGAUCGGAUAAAGGAUCGGUUUCCGGAUCUUAAGAGAAUAUGGCUGUCUACGGAGAUGAAGGAAGUUGUGGACAGAAGUAAAGGUUAUGGGCGUUGGAGAUUUUAUUACACGGAAGUUGCGAGACAAGUUGGUAAUAAGUCGAUGGCUGAGUAUGAAGCGAGCCUUGGGAGAGAGAUAAGUACGAACUAUCCUCUUGUUAACUUCUUAAUGGCAUCGGAAGCUGACUUCUAUGUCGGAGCAUUGGGUUCCACUUGGUGUUUCCUUAUUGACGGUAUGAGGAAUACUGGUGGCAAAGUCAUGUCUGGUUAUCUAAGUGUCAAUAAAGAUCGGUUUUGGUGAGUUCUCAAAAGUUUCACCAUUAGAUGUUAC